AUCACCAAAUUAAGGAAUAUAAUUAAUAAUGCAAUAUAUAGAUGAGUAUGAAUAUGCGUAGAGAGUCCAUGGCCAUUCCAAUUUUUGUUCUUAUGCUAAUCCUCAUCCUGCCAAAGUCUCUAGCAAAGAAUGGGACCUCUGUCCCAAAUUCUGAUGUUAAUCUGUUGGAAUUUCCUUUAAAUCUUGAGUUUUUGGAAGCUGAAUUCUUCUUGUAUGGAGCAUUAGGUUAUGGUUUGGACAGAGUUGCUCCACAACUGACCAAAGGGGGUCCACCUCCAAUUGGUGCAAGAAAGGCCAAUUUAGAUAAUCUUACUGGGGAUGUCAUCUUGCAAUUUGCAUUGCAAGAAGUAGGACACUUGAGGGCCAUUCAAAAUACAGUGAAAGGGUUUCCAAGGCCGCUAUUGAACUUAAGUUCAUCAUCAUUUGCAAGAGUAAUAGAAAGUGCAUUUGGGCGAAAGCUAAGACCACCUUUCAACCCUUACAAAAAUAGCCUUAACUUUCUCAUAGCAUCAUAUGUGAUUCCCUAUGUUGGACUCACUGGUUACGUUGGAACAAACCCAAACCUCAGUGGAACUAUUUCCAAGAGUCUUGUAGCAGGUCUUUUGGGUGUGGAAUCAGGCCAAGAUGCUGUAAUUAGAGCAUUGUUAUAUAAACAUAGGCAGACGAUUGUAAAGCCAUAUAAUAUAACUGUGGCAAAGUUCACAAACCAAAUUUCUAAGCUAAGGAAUAGGCUGGGACGAGCAGGUGUGAAAGAUGAAGGGCUUGUGGUACCAAAAACUCUAGGUGCCGAGGGAAGAGUUUCUGGAAAUGUGCUCUCUGCAAACCAGGACUCACUUUCGUAUGGAAGGACACCAAUGGAGAUUCUUAGAAUUGUUUAUGGAAGUGGUAAUGAGCAUGUGCCUGGGGGUUUCUAUCCCAAGGGUGCUAAUGGUCGUAUUGCUAAGUCUUAUCUGGCUCGUGCCUAAGAUUUUUAUUUCAUAUAUGUUCCAGGGAUGGACAGUAGAAUACUUGCUCCCUAAAAAAUUAUGUAUCUAAUCAUUUUCUCUCUAGAAGCCCCAAAGUCUAGUUUCUUGCCGCCUUUUAGGCACUUUAAACCCUCUCUUAGCCGUUAGCUAGAGCUUCUCCAUUGUAUCUCGUCACUUUGGUGUUGCUCUAGUCUGGUUUGGUUGGCCACGGGAUGAUGGCGUGUGGCAAGGUGUGGACAGAGGUUUGUCAUUACUUGGCGUUGGUGAUGCUGGCUGGUUUGGUAGCAUCUCUCUUGGUGAUGUUUUGCCAUUGGAUCUCACUUGAUGUUGUCCCAUGGAUAUUAAAUAAUGUGUUUUUGUUAUGUUUUUCUAUAGUUUUAGUCUUGUUUUAGGUUUUUGUUUAAGUGGGUUUUUCGUAAAUUUAAUUAUGUAGAACAAUUAAAUGGAAAAAAAGAAAAUAAAGAGAUUUUUAUGUUGUUCAGUAAUUAAAA